CAAGGCAGGCUUCGUAUGACAUAGAAAAAUUUCCCUUUCCCCUAGGGUCCACCAUGUUAUGUAUUAACUUCAUCAACAUGCAGAUAUAAGUAGUGUCUUCCUUUUGCUGCUACUGAUCCCCCGCUUUAAGUUGAUGUAGGUGCACACGAUUCAAGAUGAUGGCGUGUGUAACUAGGCCUAGUCCUUGUCCUAGCAGAGCCUGCGCGUCCUACCUAGACCUGUUUUUCGAUGGAACACAUUCGAUUAAUCUAGAAGUAAGUAGUUUUGUUUCCGCCCGCCCUUCCCCUUUGGUAUCUUCAUCAUGCGUAGCACCAACAUGACACCCAACAUAUCUCCAUCGCUAGUCGCGCACAUUAACGGUUGUAGAGGUGUAUUAGCACCAAGUUGUAGUGCACUAGGCCCUUCUUGUGUGUCCUCUAUCGUCUACUCCCUUUCAAGGGUGGAACCGGGCCGAUUUUUCGGCUUAGCAACGAAAAUUGCAGCCUCGUCCUCCAUAGGUAGUUUAGCCAUACAAAAAAUGAAGAGUGCAAGCCAUUCUGUGCUUCGGCAUCGGUCUCUAGGGCCAUCACGUGUUGCAGCAUCAACGCGAUGGCUACACACGACCGGAGGGGGGGAACGAACAGGUAAACAUGCUCUAUCGCAGCUACACGGAUCUUCAGGGCUUCUACAUCGAGGUCGGGCAGGUGCUGCUGGUGAUGCUUUCGUGGCGGGGGGCUCGGUAUCGAGCACGUCCAGCGGUGGGUUCUCAUCGACAUGCACGACAGGAGCGCCUGUUGUUGGGUCCUCCGUGUUGAGCAACUCUUCCCCUGCAUGGAAAGAACCAGUUGGUACUACCAGGAGGCCGUUCUCGUCGACGACACAAGUAACAACAGCAGACUCUACAACUCCUGCAAGAAACGAUGUGAAGGUGCAAGCCCGCCGUUCCUCAACAACAUCGGACGCAAUAUAUAACAAUGGAACGACAUCUACUUCACGGGAGCCUGUUGAUGAAGCUGCAAGGGGAUUUCGUCCGUCUCUGCACGCAAGGAUUCGCGCGCCUGCAAUGCAAUACAGUUCCUUUGCACGACCUCCCCACCCACGACCUUUUACAACUGCUUCCAUGUCCCGAGGCGGGCAGCAAGAAAGCGCUGACGCAGCGAACCCGACUCAGCGGCGGGCUUUUAGUAGCAGCUUCAUGAAACGCGUGAUGGAGCAAGUGCAGAAGGACCUAGAGCAAAGUGAGGAAUACCAGAAGGCGAAGCGAGACUUUAAAGAGCAGGGUGGUGAGGAGUCUGCAGAAAAACUUAGGGUAUUGCAAGAACCUAAACCUGCCAUUUUUCUUUUCCAUUUCCCUUUAGGAUCACUUCAUCAUCAUUGAGGUAUGAUUAAGUAUACUGUCGGCAGAGGCACAAUAUGUUGGCCUUGAGUAAGGAUAGAUGAAACAGAAACCAGUUGUAGAAUGAGAAUACUCCUCCUGCUGAAAGUACUUACCUAAUCAAAUUGACGUCAAUUAUGAAAAUAUUUAUCUCAGAAAACCUCCUCCCAUAAAAGGCUUCUGGUCCCCCAUUAUUUUCUCUUAGAGGUGUGCUGCAAAUCUUCAUUGGCUUUCACCUUUGCUGAAGGUUUAGGUCCAGCGGCGCUCAAAGCACUAAGUAAAGCAACCGGCUAGUUUUCACCUCUACACUUCUAGGCUUACCCCGUGCAACAAAAUCCUUAUCUCAGAAAAAAGCAGCGGAGCAGGAGGAGCGACUACGUCAAAUGAAGGAUAGCCUUGGCAAGACCGCGGACAAAACAGCAGGCUACUUUCAAAGCAUGAAGCAAAGUGUAGCGGAACAACAGGAGAAAAUACGGCAACAGGUACUUGUUCAAUUUCUCUUUGACAAAAAUUAUGUCCUCCUGUAUUAUAAGAACAAUGACUCGAAGAUGCAUUUAGUUCACUCAGCGUGAGAGGUGAAACCAACUUUGUAAUAGUAAUAGAAAUAGUUUACAAGAUCCUCGAGCUUGCAAAUACCGAAAAUGACCAGUUUCUUAUUUCUCUCUGUAACAUCUGUGUGCUCGCGCCUGCUCUGCUUCUUCAGGCUGCGGAGCUGAACGAAAAGGCCGAUGACAACGAGUUUGUGAAGAGCACCAAGGACGCAACAGGCAAAGCGGCUGGAUUCGUCGGCGAGUACGCUAGCAAGGCCUUUGGCAGCGCGAUCGACAACAUUUCCGGUAUACUGUCGAAAAUGGACGACCGCAAGGCGCAGACACACGCCCAGUGGAAGAGCAGCCAGGAAGCUAUGCGUGCAUACAAGGAGAAACAGAAGCAAGCUGAAAAGGAACGCGAGGAAGUCGAUGCUAGCUCAUCUGGUGGUAAGUCCGCAGGUUCGGAAGGUGUGGACGCAGCAGCACAAUCUGCUGGGGAGCAGGCACCAGGCGCCCAAGAGGGUGCAGCGCGUAGCACCACUUCCUCGACCCAUGCCGGAGAGGGGCAAGCUAAUGCGCUUGUUGUCCGUGCGCCGUCGGCAUGGGACCGUUUCGGUGCGAAGAUCAGCGACAUGCCAUUACUAAAUUCCUUUUACGACAACCCACUAGUCGACAGAAUGUUCGGCGAGACCGAGAUCGCGCAGUCGCUGAGGGAAAUGAAAGAAAUUCUCCCGGCCUUUCGUCUCGCAGAAUUCACUUAUGAAUGUCACAUAUAGAAGGUCGAAGACUGUUCAAAGAAUAAAGGAACUGUGGAACUUGAAAGAGUAACUAUGUUCAGUCUCACCAUUAAAAAGAUUUUAUCCUUAUGAGAGCUCGCUCGUAGACCUCGGGGAGAGAAGUGUUGCAUAUUUCUUAAAUAUCAGAAAUUCACUUGACGUAAACACUUUCUCGACUUAUAUAAAUCAUGCCAUAUUACGAGAAGUUGAUCUUGAUACUCGCUCGACGCAUGAUAAGUAAGUAAUUAGUUACUGUCACCAGAAGGUGUGUCUUUGUCAUUCUUCAUCUAGAUCUACAUGAUCUACGUUUCUAUUUCCUCGUCCUCGCUCCCGUAAAUUUCUAAUCCAGAGAAGAGAUCGAGCAGGUGGUUGCUCCCGCGAUCGUGCGCGCAUACCUUGAGGGCGACUCCGAAUUUUUGAAGAUGCACUGCGGGGAAGCGGCUUUCAUGGCGGUCAACGCAAGUAUAAAGGAACGCAGGAAAUUGAAACUUGUCCUCGAUAUGGACGUCCGCCAGGGUCCAGAGGAAGUUGAAUUGAAGGGCGCCCGUGGCUUAGAAGGCGGCGCAUACUCUGCGCCAACGUUCGUUUUCACCUUUCACACACAGCAGAUCAACUGCCUGCGGAAAGAGGGUUCUGGAGAGGUACGAUUUCUUUUGCAUUUCAUUUUUAUGCUCUUUCGAAAAUGAAUAUGAAAAGCAUCUUCUAUCCCGUCCUGUGCUGCACUAACAACCAUCUACCUACCUACUUGCCUACCUAUGAGUACUACUAGUAAGAUUUGUCAUCAUGAAGAUCAAGAUGAUAAAUUCACAAAUCUCGUUGACCUACCACACUCUAUUUCCUCAUCCUCAACAUCAUGAUCUGAAAAAGUAUGAUCAUUUCAGGUCGCUGAGGGCGCGGUUGACGACAUCCGCAGUGUGUCUUACGCCAUUGCGAUCACACGGCAUCCUUUUUGUGACGAGGAAAACGAAGGGGACGAGACGCUACUCGAAUUUCCAUGGCUGGUUUCGGAGCUUGCCAUAGUAGGCAAUCAACCAGUUUGGUAA